GUUUUUGCUCACCCCCAUCUGUUGCGGCUAUACUACAGUCAACACUAUACCGUGUGCUUCAUACGUUCGCUCCACGACAACAUCCCCUUUACCACCGGGGAACCACCAUUACCGCUGGUACAUAUUGUGCUAGAAGAUGAAGAUCUUACUGCUGAUGCACCGCCCAAUGGAACAGUAUGGGCCAUCAAGAAGGAAGAAUUCUGCCAAAAGCUACUCCAAGCCGUGGACACCAACUGUGGCGGAUUUGUCGUUACCGAAUCGACCCUAUUCCCAUUUCUGGAACACUUCUACGAGGUGCACAAAAGGGCAAAGCUACGCCCGUCGCCGAAACACCUGAUCGCCAUGACGACAUCUGCAACGUUCGAUCGCAGCAGGCUGUUGCAAUACAACCAGACACUCGAAGCGUUGGUCAACUUGCUGCUAAUCGUGCGUUCAUCAUCGGACAAAAGAAACCAUCACCGGAAGGACGUGUUCGAACUACACACAACGCAGCUGCUCCCGAAUUACCCGCUCGGUGUAAGGAUCGAGUUGGUGCAAAUUGGUAAAAUUGUAGUGAAGCAGGACGCGAAUGGAGUGGUCGAGUUUGAGCCAAAGCACGGUACCAAAAUCGACUUCUUUCCCGAUAAAGUGCGUGAUAUGAAAGGAAGAAGGGUGCGCGUUAGCACGUUAGAGUAUGUGCCCUGUUCCGUCUACAAGAAAGUGCCCAUCGGACAAGGAAAUGCAAAGUGUGCUGAUGAUGCGGCGCAUGAGUUUUGGCUGGAUGGGUUCGAACUGAUACUGACCAUGGAGUUUUGCCGCCGUCACAACUGUACCGUGGAGCUAAUUAACCAAACGGAUUGGGGCGAAGUGUUCGAGAAUGGAACCACCACAGCUAUACUGAACGAUCUUGUGGAACAGCGGGCGGAUGUCGGUUUGGGGGCCCUACUGGCAUGGCACGCCUGGUUCCAGCUGACAACCAUCACCCAAAUGAUCGGCAUAUCGAUGAUCUCGGCCCUGGUACCGAAGCCCCGCCUGCUGCCAUUCUGGCAAACGCCAUUUCUGUCCUUUCCUCCCUCCCUGUGGCUUGUCGUAGGUAUCACCUUCACUGCCGGCACGCUGACCGUUUUCAUGGUCAGUGUUACCCGGCUGCGAAUCGUACCGCCCAAUGGUAACCAUCGUCAGAAGCAAUCUCGCUUCCAGCACCUGCUGGACGCACUGUUCUUCAUGGUCAGCCUGUACGUGGAGCAAUCGGCACGGCUGCGCAAAGAUCUGCUAGCCGCGGCCAUUCUGCUGGCCGCCCUGCUGUUCGGUGGGUUCAUGAUCGGCAACAGCUAUGCCGGCGCACUCGCCAGCACUCUGACGCUGCCACGGUUCGAAGCGUCGAUCGACACGGUUGACGAUUUUCUGGCACGGGACAUGCGCUGGACGGGCGGUAGCGCCGUGUGGAUCUACACGCUCUACCUGGCGACAACGCCUGCCAUGAUACGCAUGCGGGAAAGCUUCGUCGUCAUACCGGACAGUGCGGAGCGCGAAAGGCUGCCCUUUACCGAUCGGCGCAUGGGCUACGUCAUCGAGGGUAUGAUGCACGGUAGCUACGGGCUGGGGACACCGCUCGCCCUCAAUGCGUCCCUGCUGCUGCAACCGCUCAAGCAACCGAUCUACUUGGAUCACACGAACGGGUUCUGCAGCAAGGUUUGGCCUCUCCGGGACGCUUACAAUGCGUUCAUACUGGAGGUGCACCAGUGCGGUGUGCUGCACUAUCUGGAGCUUACGUCCCUCAUACGACACUAUGGACUGACGGUGCAGCGCAACAUUGUAACGGCACGCUCGCAGGACAACGGUCACGAACCUGUUGCGCUUUCGAUCGAUCACUUUUUGGGUGUAUUUUUCAUCUACUUCUUUGGCAUUAGUUUGGCCUGUAUCGUGUUCGUAGUGGAGCUGGUACUUCACCGAUGGAAUGCAAGAUUUCAGUAAUCAUGAAAUAGGAGAGAGGGCAAUUAUGUUACCAAUAGUUCGUCCGAUACAUGGUUUUCCAGGGGUUCUCAAAGUUGUGGGAAACUUCCUUGACUCUUUCCUAUGGGAAGUGAAUUUUAUAUGAUGGAAAUUGGACUUUAUGACACCCUUUUGGACAGGGUCAUUGGAAAUUCGUAUUAGAUUUGCCAACAAGGGUGCAGUAGUUCAAUUCCUAUUAGAUUAAGUUCAUUUAUCAUAAGAAGGAGUCAACAAUGUGUCCCACAGCUAUGAGAACACCUGGAAAACUCUGUAAAAGAACUUAUUUUCGCAAUCACAGAUUCAAUUCUGUAUUCACCACCUUACAUCAUACUUUCAGUUGCAUUGCAUACUUUCAGGGGUAUAUCGCUAACUCUUGUAUAUCGAAUUGCCCCUGCAAGUAUGCAAACGGUGUGACAUCAUUGCUUGUUUAGCUGAGAGACAUGCAGCCGCAGACUACAACGCACGAUAAUUAAGAAAACAGUUACAUCAAAUUAUGAUAAGAUUCGUACACACAACAACUAGCACCAUUAGUAAGGAGAACAACACCCCUCAACUGAACUACGGCUAAAUCAUUACUUAUCAACUCUGAACCAUGAGUGUGGCAUCACAUUUAGCUUUAUACUACACACUUCUACACUUCAAUACACGCGAAAUGAAUGAUCCCUUGCUUCGUAAAUAUCCACUAAUUAACUGGAAUGAUAAAAUGAUGACACUUGUUUCAACAAACCUUCACGUGCGGUGGGGUUCUCUUUCACCAAACCAUCCUGGAGAAUUUCAAUUUCUCGAUCAAUAAUUCGAACACUGAGCGGGAACACCAGCAAUUCAUUCUCUUAAUGGGUCCAUUUAUUUCGAUUUGAAAAUAGUGAUGUUUCAUUCAUUCUCAGUGGUCGUGCUCUAUUGAUCAAUACAGCGGCGGCAACAAUCGCCAUAUAUCGUGUGUUGAUUUGGAAGAAGAACUCUCUUCCGGCUGAGCAGUGGAGACGAACUCUCCCGUGUAUGUGCAACCACCACACCACCACGUG